CGGAGUUUUUUUAUACUGAAAGGAGGGAAGGAAAGUUAUUAAGUUUGAAUUCCUGAUUCUUUUGAAGACAGAAUGGCAGCUAAACCUUUAAAGCCUUCUGGAAGAAGGGGAUCUGAACCAAGUCUUGAGGAAAUAUUGAAAGAACAAUUAAAACUUUCUGAAGAUAGGCAAAAAGAGAUGAUGGAGAAUUUUAAUGCAAAAAUAAGAGAAGAUAUUCUCAUGGCAGUUCAAGGACUGAGUAAAAAAAUUGAGGGAUUGGAAGUGGAAAUGCAACAGAUCUCUCAGUCAAAUAAGCAUUUAGAAGACAAAAUGAAAGAAGAGCGAGGAGAAGACUUAAGAAAAAUUAUAUCAGAAGCAUUGGCUGAAUUUAUUGAAGUGGAACCCCAAGAGGUAGCUUACCAAAUUGAUAAAAUAUAUAGAGUUAAUUCCUGGAUUGCAAGACAGAGAAAGCUUCCUCGGGACAUUGUGGUUUAUUUUGUGAAAAGGACUAUGAGAAAUCAGAUUCUGCAAGUUUCAUAUCAGACAACUUUAAAAAUUGGAGAACAGGAGCUGAAGGUGUUGAAAAAGAUUCCUUCAAAGAUGUUAAGAGAUAGGAAGGAAUUUGCUUUUUUUACACAAGAACUUAAAAAACAUCAGAUUCAAUUCAGAUGGGAGGUGCCAGUUGGACUGACAGUAUUCUAUCAAGGAAGGAGAUAUAGAAUUGACACUGUUUUAAAGGCAAAGGAUUUUCUUUCUACAGUUUUGAAAGUCGAAAUGGAAGUGAUAGAAAAACUUCAAGAGAUUCAAGAAGGCAUGGUGAUCCAAGAGCCUUCAUUGCUGCCAGUAUUAGAGGAACCACAAGAGCAAAGGGUGACAAGAGGAGCCCUUAAGCGUAAAGAAGAGCAACAGUCUCAAAGUAAAAGCCAGGAUCCCAGUAUGGAAGCUGUGGGAGGAGCUAGAUGGAAGAUACCGGAGGAGGAGCUUCCGUUGUCUGCUUCAAAGCUUCAGGAAGCCAGUAAUGGCAAAUAGAAUCUUGUCAUGGAAUGUUAAUGGCUUGAAUUCAGCUCAGAAAAGAAGGAAAAUAUUUCACUACUUGAAACAAUUUAAAAAUGAUGUGAUUUGUUUGCAAGAGACACAUAUAAAAUUAUCAGACCAAAAAUAUUUAAUUAAUUCAAAAUUGGGUAACCAUUUUGUUGCAUCAGCUUUGGAAAAGAAGCAUGGAAUUGUUGUAUAUAUCAGGAAGGAUAUACCAGCUAAGUUAAUUGAGGCAGAUAUUCAAGGAAGAUUUAUUGCUAUUGAACUGGUGAUAGAUGCAAAAAAGACUUUGCUGAUAGGUAUUUAUGCACCUAAUCAGCAACAAGAAAAGUUUUACAAAAUGUUACAUGAGAGGUUGACCCUAUGGGAUUAUAGUUCGUUUAUUUUAUUAGGAGACUGGAAUGGAGUAAUUGAUACAAGAAGGGAUAAGAGAACCUCCUCCAAGAAGAUAUCUAUACAUGCAAAACUACCAAAAUCCUUUUUUGAAAUGAUGGAAGACUUUGAGUUUAGAGAUAUAUGGAGGUUACGGAAUCCAGAUGAGAGAGAUUUUACUUUUUUUUCCGAUAGGCAUCAAUCUUUUUCACGUAUUGAUUUUAUUUUAAUUUCUAAUGUCUUGCUUUCUAGGGUGAAGAAAACGAAGAUAUUUCCGAGGUGUUUAACUGACCAUAGCCCAGUAUGGAUGGAAUUAUUACAAGGGAAAAAAGGUGGUAGAACAUGGAGGUUGAAUGAAAAUCUGUUUAGAUAUGAGGAUAAUGUAACUUAUUGUAAGAAACAGUUGAAAGAAUUUUUUGAUUUUAAUAUGUACAAAGGGACACCUAUAGGAAGGAACUGUGUGGGAGGCGAGCAAAGCGUUUAUUAGAGGGAUAUUGAUUUACUUGGACAAUAGGCAAAGGAAUAAUAAACAAAGGCAGCGUAGGUACUUGGAAGAAGAAAUUCAAAGGAAGCAACAGUUAUUAAUUCAAAACCCACAAGAUCACAAACUUAAAGAGGCUAUAAAAAUAUUACAAAGUCAAUUUAAUAUGUUAAUGGCAGACCAGGUGGGAACGAAUAUACAAUAUGCUAAACAUAAUACCUUUUGUAAUGCAAAUAAACCUGGGAGAUGGCUGGCAUAUAACUUAAGGAAGAAACAGAAAGCACGUGUCAUACAAAAAAUAGAAUAUAAAGGUAAAGAGAUAUAUCAACAGGAUAAAAUUAAAAAGGCAUUCUCAGAAUUUUAUACUGCACUAUAUGCAAAAGACAAAAUAUUGAAUAGGGACAUUUAUGAUUAUUUGAAAGAUUAUAAGGUUAAUAUUCUAACAUUAGAACAGAGGGAGGAGCUGAAUCGGCCGAUAGCUACUGGAGAAAUAGUGGAGGCAA